CGUGUCCCCUCACGGCCCGCCCCGCCGGGCCGCACAUGCUCGCUGUGCCCGACAUGGCGGCUCCCAGCGCGGGGCUGCGCCAGCGCCGCCCGGGCCGGGCCGGAGCCCCCGCUGAAGCUCCCGGAGCGGCCCCCGCUGCAUCCCCCGAGCCCCCCGAGGCCGGGCUCGCUGCCGCGGCCCCGCCGCUCUCCCCGGGCACCUUCUGGCUGACCCGCAUCGUGCUGCUGCGCUCCAUUGCCUUCCUGUACUUUGUGGCCUUCCUGGUGGCCUUUCAGCAGAACAAGCAGCUGAUAGGAGAGAAGGGGCUGCUCCCCUGCAAGCUCUACCUGCAGGAUGUCAAGAAAUACUUCAAGGGGAAGGUCGGUCUGGAUGCCCUGAGCUAUGCCCCCACUCUCAUCUGGUUCCUGGACUGGUCUGCCAUGGACAGCACCUUGGAUUGCCUGGCCCUGGCUGGCCUGGCAGUGGCAGCCUUUGUGCUGCUGACUGGCUGUGCCAACAUGGUCCUCAUGUCCCUGCUGUGGCUGCUCUACCUCUCCCUGGUCAACGUUGGACAGAUCUGGUAUUCCUUUGGAUGGGAAUCACAGCUCCUGGAGACAGGAUUCCUGGGAAUAUUCCUGUGUCCCCUGUGGACCCUGUCCCGCCUGCCCCAGGGCUCUCCUCCUUCCCGGAUUGUCAUCUGGAGCUUCCGCUGGCUGAUUUUCAGGAUCAUGCUGGGAGCGGGGCUGAUUAAAAUCCGAGGAGAUCGCUGCUGGAGAGAGUUAACUUGCAUGGAUUAUCACUACGAGACUCAGCCAGUGCCCAACCCCAUCUCGUACUUCAUGCACCGCUCGCCCUGGUGGUUCCACCGCCUCGAGACCUUGGUCAACCACUUCAUCGAGCUGCUGGUGCCCUUCUUCCUGCUGCUGGGCAGGAGGAUGACCAUCCUGCACGGGCUGCUGCAGAUCCUCUUCCAGGUGCUCCUGAUCAUCAGCGGGAACCUGAGUUUCCUGAACUGGCUGACCAUGGUGCCCAGCCUGGCCUGCUUUGACGACGCCAGCCUGGGGCUCCUGUUCGGCUGCCGGCUGCGGGAACGGGCGGCGCGGCUGCAGCGCCCGGGGACGCGGGGACAGAGCCUUUCCCUGGGCUCCUGUGUCCGCAGAGUGCUGAACAUCUCCUUGGGGCUCCUCAUCACCUACCUGAGCAUCCCGGUGGUGCUGAACCUGCUCAACUCCAGACAGGUCAUGAACACCUCCUUCAACCCGCUCAGGAUCGUCAACACCUACGGAGCCUUUGGGAGCAUCACCAAGGAGAGGACAGAAGUCAUCCUUCAGGGAACGUCCAGCCUGGAUCCCAAUGACCCCACGGCAGUCUGGGAGGAGUUUGAGUUCAAGUGCAAGCCUGGGGACUUGAGGAGGAGGCCGUGCCUCAUCUCCCCCUACCACUAUCGCCUCGACUGGCUCAUGUGGUUUGCUGCCUUCCAGACCUACGAGCAGAACGAAUGGAUCAUCCACCUGGCUGGGAAGCUGCUGGCCCAGGAGGAGGAGACCUUGUCCCUGCUGGCCACAAACCCCUUUGCAGGCAGAGAGCCUCCAAGGUGGAUCCGGGGGGAACACUUCAGGUACAAGUUCAGCCAGCCCGGGGGGAAGCACGCCCGCGAUGGGAAGUGGUGGAUCCGGAAAAGGAUCGGCCCCUACUUCCCCCCCGUCAACCUGCAGGGCCUGAGGAAGUUCUUUGAGGACAGGAACUGGCCUUAUCCCGUGCAGAGCUGAGGGAAGAGGAUGGCCAGGACAAGAGGGACCAGCUGGGAAGAUGGAGAACGGGGAGCUGCCUUCCAGACAUCUCCUGCCUCUCUGUUUUCGAUCCAUAUCCUUGCUCAUGCCUGUUUUCCAGAAGAUUCCCGGCCACUUUGCCCACUUGCUCUGUGAGCUGCUUUUUCUCACCUCGCUGGUUGAUUUCUUUUGCCAGGCUGCUCCAUGCAGGAAUUCCUCUGGAAGUGAGGAAAAAGCAAGCAAAUAACCAUGACUGGCUUUGGAGGAGGUGCUGGUGUUGCCAAAAGCAGCUGAAUGUGGGUUUGGAGCAAAAACGGGAAAACAAACCAGGAGGGAUCUCUGGGGUUGUGUGGGCCGUGGGUGCAGGCACAGGAAUGCCUUUUUCCAUGGUUUCUUGCACCUUUUUGACCACAAAUACCAAAUGGGCACCGCUGGGAGCGUGUUCCUGGGAAGGAAUUAAAGCAAACAAUCCUUGAAUAACCA